AUGAAGCCGUUCGUGUUGCUUGUGUUGUCGUUGGUAGUUGUCUCGGCACAGACAUGUUCUCAGAGCAAAAAGUUGACGGCUUUAGACUUGAACUACAAAAGCCAUGAGGACCAUGUACUGUUUGGUAAACUGACAGCUUGUCCCCGUGAGGGCGAAGAGUUGAGUGAAAGUCUCCACUUUAAGAUCAUCGACAGCGGUGAUGCUCGGAUUGAUCUGGAUUCUCAGACCGGGUUGUUCAUGUUCAAUCCGACUGAACACUACUCUGGAAUUGAGGUGUUUUACUAUACCGUUCAAGAUGAGAAGGAGACGAGUGAACCAAGUAAAGUGAUAAUAAGUAUGCGGUCACAAGCCGAUCCACCGCUGUUGGAGGUCAAACCACUUCUGGGAUACGAUGAUGAGAUCUUGCCGGUGAAAAUUGAUGCCGAUAUCUUUGACAAGGACGGGUCUGAAUCACUCCUCAUAUCCUUCUGUGAUUGUGGUGAGGAACUCAGAUGUGAUGAGAUAAUGGGUAGAUGUACUUGUGAUCUCAGGUUACCCACUGAUUGGCAGUUUCUAAAUAAUAAUGUCCCACUCACCACUAGUGAUCUACACAGAAUAGAACCGGAACUCUUGAAAAAUCUUAAACUAAGUCCAGGCAAAAACCCAGAACCAAGUGUCUGUAUUGAUGUGCAUGCCGUCAGCUACGAAAGACAGCAGCCAUAUUUACAACAGGCAAAGACCACUAAACAAUUACACAUCACAGUUCUACCAAGGAACGACCCACCAAUUAUAAGCUUUGAUGACAACUCUGAGUCCGUCACCUUGGAGACAAGUCAGGGUCGACCAAUCAGAUUCAAAGGUUUACGCAUCACUGAUAGUGAUAGCAUAGGAACCUAUCGUGUGCGAGCCACCAUUGAUGAUGGUGGCAGACUCUUCGUGGAGCAGCAGCAUCCAGAUGUUGUCUUUGUUCCCAAGGUAACCAUAUAUUCUAAAUGUUAA